AUGUCUGACAGCGAAGAACGCGAGACCAAGCCCUUCAAGUUCGUUACUAGCUUCGAUGCCCGUUUCCCGAACCAGAACCAGACCAAGCACUGCUGGCAGAACUAUGUCGAUUACCACAAGUGUAUCCUAGCCAAGGGCGAGGACUUUGCGCCCUGCCGCCAAUUCUUCCACGCUUACCGCUCUCUGUGCCCCAGCGUUUGGGUCGAGCGAUGGGACGACCAGCGUGACAACGGCAACUUCCCAGUUCGUCUGGACCAAUAG